AUUCAGGAAGAUUAGUCUAGGUAUUUAAAAACAAACGAAUUCGAAGACAGUCAGUGGUAGCCGGAAAACAUGAAUUCCAUGUGUCGUUUAUGUUUAUGUUCAGUGGGAAAGAAAAACGAAUUCUCUGCUUCUCUCACAGACGAUGGUUUUGACAAAAUGCUUAAAACCGUGUUCCGUUUUCCGCUUCCGACGGUACAAACAAUCUCCGGUAAAAACUGUAACUUACCAUUAACGGUGUGUCCACCAUGUUCCACUACCGUCCGAAAUUUUUAUAGUUUCACCAAGCUGACGGAAGCCAGCCAGGAAAAGCUGCAAGCAAAAUAUAUGGUUAAAGGUGCUAGCUCAUCGCUCGAUGAGCCCCUACAGUACAUAAAAGCGGAACCAGAUGUUGAUGUCGAUGCUAGAGACGUCAACGAUGCCAACACUCUGCCACUGUUCUUGUCGGAUGAUGUUGCCACGGAUAGCGAUAAUGAAUCAAAGCUAUUGGCAGGUAAAAGUAAUGACGGGGAUAACAGGUUUUCAUUUAGUUCAGCCAUCCAAGCAACGCAAGACUGUACUGAAGACAAUAAUUCCUCUGUUUGCGUUAUUAAGGAGGAAUGCGGUAUUAGGAUUACAAAAGUGGAAAAACGUGUAAGCCUAGUUUCAACAAAAAUGGAAAUGCUUCUUAACAGUAUAGGAACUAUACGCAAAAGGUCCCACUUGAGUCGGUUUCAUAGAGCAUCCUUUGAGUUUUCUGCAGUUAACUCAAAAGCUGAGUUUGAAUCCUUGAACAAUCAGUUAGGCAAAAAAGAGUACAAGGAAAAAGUUCCAGGUUGGCUCGACGCCAAUAUCACAGCUGUUGACAGUGAAAAUCGCAUGCAUCAAGCGAGAGAUUUGGUUUUUACUAAAACAUUUUUCAAUGAAUGUACUUGGACUGGUAAAAACGAUAAAAUCCCAAUGGUUAAGUAUAGGAAUGUACUUGAUUUAUUCAGAUUAAUUGGGAAUACAAAUAAUUGCAGCAUCGACCAACAAACUCUUCAACUAUUUUUCGUUAAAAAACUUCGUUAUUCAAAGUACAGACUCAACUUAAAAGGUCUUCGUAAAUCAACUUGUCAUCGUCGAUGAAAAAAAAAAAAACAGAACUUGAUUGUUGCUUGAA